AUGGACUUGGGAACAACAGAACAAGAGAUCCAGCUGCUGAACCCAACGAUAAGCAUAGAUAGAAUCUAUCCUGAGGUGCCAUACAAUGUUACGUACAGACCAUCCCGAUCUGGAAAGUGGACGGAGGGGUGUCCGCCCUCCCUUAGGAUUCCAGAGACAUCGGAUCCAUUGAUACUAGAUCCAUCGAAUGCCGGACAGGAAGCCCCGCUGUCUACAUCGAUCGCUGGUGCUACCGAUAUUGUUGGUGUUGACAAUGACGAUGAAAAUGAUGAUGAUAAUGGCGGGGAUGGUGGCGGCGCUGCUGACGAGAAUCGCCUCCAGAAUACCCAUACCAUUCGUAAGACGGUAGCAGCUAGAACCAGCACGACAACCACUUAUGGCUCCGACCUAUCAUCUACAUCGAUGGUGAGUGAUAGUCAAUCUGCCGACGAGUCAUACCCCUCUUUUGCAAAAAGCAGUGACAUCGGUAACGAAUCUGAGGGAUAUCCGACGACUGGGUCGGUAAGUGACACAUCGGCCAGUGCAGCAUUGAAUCCCACGGCACCAUCGUCAGAAGAUGAAGAAACUAGCCUUUCUCAUACCGAACGGCCCGGGCAAGUGGACGCAUCAAACACUUCCGGGGCCACCCAAUCGACAGGUGCGCCUGAAAAGACACCUACGGCAAGUCAAGACACAGAAGCCAAACCGCCAACAGCUUCGGAGGACGCGGUAUCAUCAUAUGCCAGUGUAUUUGAAGAGCUUGCAGGGGCAUCAAGCCUCCCAGAUGUCUCGUCCACUGGCGCAGGAUCUGCAACUACAGGUCCGGUGACAGAGAACGAACGAAGCCUGGAGUCUACACUCGCAGCCUCAUCUGUUCCGUCGUCCAUUACCGGUACGACCGAACUAGAAACUGCGCCAUCGUCAACAUUGCCACAGACAGGCGCAUCCCAUGAUAACGAAACAGAGGAACCGAGCGGUGCCUCGUCCAAUGAAGAACGCACCACUUUGCCCGAAGAUCAUUCAACCCAGGUACACUCAGCAGGAACUGAAGAAGUCCCGACUACAUCCUUAACAGCAAUUGCAGCAACAACGACGACUGCAUCACAGGCACAGAAACCCACUGGAUCGACUACAGAUUCGAGAAGCACUGAUACCAGCAAAGAUACCUCAGCAGAAACGCAAUUUGCAAACACGGAUACAGCGUCCGACCGGGCCGUUUCGUCCACACAUACGAUCUCAACGACGACCAGUGCCGUCGCUCCAUCCAGCGAUGAUUCAACGAAGCAAGUUAGUACGGGAGCCAAGAGCUCUCGGGAAGAGAUAAAAACCACAUUCACAACUUCCACUUCCACUGUGGAUGAAGAAGCCACUAGUACGGUAAGCCCGUCCGUUGGGGAUUCGAUGCUCUCGACAGAGUGCUUCGACGGUGGAAAGCCGUUUGGCCUUGGAUAUUUGUUUGGCUUCGGACGCUCAAUCGCUUUUGGAAAUUUGUUUCCCCCCGACCCACGCUACGAAGGACAAUUUGCAUAG